AUGAAUAGGACUCAACGAGAAAGAUUUAGAGAUAGACAUUUGAGACAGAAAUAUGAUUUGUUACAUUCCCUACCGACUUUGCAGACCCCAGCUCUAGCCGGACUAUACUUGAAGAGUUUUUACAACGCAACAAAAAGAUACGAUAUCACAUUACCUUCUGAGAUUACUGAUGCAGAUACCAAAUUUUGUGGGAAUUGUGGGUUAGUUCACAUUCCGAUGGUUAAUACCGAUAUUGAAGCAACUUCACAUGAUGGUCAGGAGUCUUUGAGUUUUAAAUGUCGGCAUUGCAACCAUAAAGCAUCCUUUAGGUCCAACAGUAUAGAAAGCAAAUUAAGUUCAGUUGCACCAACCAGUUUAUCAGGUUCACCAUCCUCUGCACCUCAAAAUAAGAUUACAAAGAGUACGGCUAAAGGGAGGGCUAAAAAGAGAAAACAAAACUCAUUGAACAAUUUACUAGCGAAUAAGAAAAAAGAACAAAACAAUGGAUCAAGUGCUUCUCUUUCAUCUCUGACCCUUGAGAGCUUCAUGAAAAGAUAA